UAGGCCAAAUAGUUGGAUCUGCUUUUAUGUUGGGGGGCUGAUGAGAGAUGAGAGAGCUUCUUUUGUUCAUCCCUGGUGUGCCGAAACGGUCCUGUAAAUUAUACACUUGCAAUACGGCCUGUAUUUUCCGAGUCAACCCACUUUUUUCACGCUGCUGCCGAUGUUCCUCUUUUCGCCUCAUCCCCAAUUUAAUCUCCUUCGAUCCUGCUUCCAUGACUGCUCCUCACGCGAAGCAAUGUCUCCUUUCAGUCCCUAUCUACGACUCGAAUCCUCUCUUUACUUCCUCCUCUCUCAAUGAUAUUCGUCGAUUUCUUAUUUUUUAAUACCCCUUGUCGUGACGUUUCUUCUCUGUUCCGUCAUACCCUUGAUACGAUUCAAAGCAAUUGUAUUUGGAGAGAUUGGGCAACCCCCUCUUCAAUCUAAACGCGCUUUACUGAGCAGGCGCUACAACCGUAUAGAGGCAUCUGGUAAUUGCAGCUUUCCCCCUUUUAACAGCUGGGAUGGCGGUAUCAAUGACUCGGCAGGUGGAUACUAUCACCGUUUCCAGCACAUCUCACGCAGGCAAUCCGGUCCCAGAAGAACCGACAUCCUUGCCACAUCUUAAAAUAAUGCACCCAGCAACGAAUGCCUCCUCGCCAGACUCGCAUUCAUCCUCUGUAUCUACGCCCGGAACAGUAGAGCCAAUUAGUGGCAUGGAGACUCCCUCAACUCCAUGGAACGAGCCAUUACCGGAUGAUCUCACAGAUGGGAUCCUGGACCUUACGCUCAGCUCGAAAUCUCCCCCGUCGACUACGAAACGCCGGAGACGGGCCUCUACUGUCUUGAUAUCGCAAAGCUCUGAAGAUGUCGAGAAAAUACUAGGCAGCGGCCAAGGCGGUACACAUGUCCUCGAGAAAAUCUGCUGUGGUGGAGGAUGCUGUAAACUUCAGCCUCUGCAAGAACCUGCAUCGUCGUCCUCGAUCCACCUUGUCAUCAAACCAAAGAAUCAGGCCUUCGAAAGCCUAAAAUUACACCUAGGCCAGUUAUCGCAUGACAGUGUUCUGACAAACAUUAUCCCCCUCCCCGAGAAAACUGUGUCGUUUUCUCCCGUACCAACAGAGUUGGCCGAUAGGGAACCAGGGCCUGCGGAUCAUCCACCUCAAUUCGUCCAACCACACCCCCCUUAUGAGGUGUUCCGUGCACCCCUCUACCACGCUCGAGAGUUGACCAAGCCUGGUGCGGAAAAGAGGACUUACCAUUUUGAUAUAGAUGUUACAGACUACCCCGUUGAGGGUGGCGAUGUCGACUUCGUGGUUGGGGGUGCGAUUGGCAUCUGUCCCCAAAAUUCAGACGAGGUGGUAGACGAGGUUUUCAACCUACUUAGCAUUCCGAAAAUGGUCCGAGAUAAGAGAGUAAUGGUCAACACCACCACCGGCCGAUGGCCUACUGUCUGGGGAGAUGAGAAGCCACGAAGCCUGUUAACUACUAGGCGCGAAUUGCUUUCGUGGUGCUCUGACCUACAGAGCUAUCCACCGACAAAACAAAUGUUCCGACUUCUGGCAGAGUACGCCACGGAUCGAGACGAGAAAAAAAUAUUGAUGUUCCUCUCAUCGGCACAGGGCCAGGGGGCGUUCUGCGACCUUCGAACUGGCCAACAUACCACAGUGCCUCAAGUUCUAUCUGCAUUCCCCUCAGCCCAACCCCCUCUUGAUUACCUGCUCUCUAUCCUCAAUACUCUUAUGCCACGAUUUUAUUCCCUUUCUCAGGAUCCUCUAGUUUCAUGCACCCUCCGUGACGGCAAAUGCAGGAGGCUGAUAGAGAUCGCUGUCACUGUCCACGAAUCCCCUGAUUGGCAUGGAGGAAGAAGAACUGGUGUGGGCUCCGGGUUCUUGGAACGCAAAGCAAAGCAACUUCUUCGCGCUGAGGAAUUAGGCGAUGACAUUUCGUCUUUAAACCUGCACAUCCCGAUGUUCCGUGGUUUGAUGGCCAACCCUCUUGCACGCGAAUUUGUUUCGGAUGGGCCCAUGCUCCUCAUUGGUGCAGGAGUUGGAGUUGCCCCAUUCCGUGGAUUCGUGCAGCGGCGCUUGAGGUCUGCUAACUGCGCCAACAAAGUGUGGGUCCUCCAGGGAAUCCGUGACUCAUUGCUCGACGAGCUUUAUUCUGGUGAAUGGGGCGUCCAUGAGGACACCGUGAAGAGGGUCGUCCAGAGUCGGCGUGGCGAGGGCAAGUAUGUGCAAGAAGAGGUGCGCAACCAAGCUGACCUCGUAUGGUUCGUUAUCAACUCUCUUGAUGGGCGUGUUUUCGUCUGCGGGAGCAGCAAGGGCAUGGGCGAAGGUGUCGAAGCUGCAUUGGUAGAUGUUGCCGUGGCCAAGGGGAAUCUCAAUCGUGAAGAAGCGAAGCUCUUCUGGCAAGGGAAGAAGGAUGCUGGCCAAUAUAUCGCGGAGACAUGGUAGAAACAUCAGGCAACAUAUUUAUGCGCACCUCUAUCUUCCAUUGACGAUAUCUCAAGCUACCUACCGGAUUUCAUCUGCCUACCUUCACAUAUCUGCCUCCUCUCUCUCCACUCACUCGGUAUCAUUUAUUUUGAUUUAUCGAGUCUCCACCUCGCAUUAAUUUGAGUGCAUCGGCAUUUGAACUGUUGUCGACGACACCGUUUUAAAAUAUUUGCAAAUUCUUUCCUUUCCCCUUCCUGAACUCCCAAAGAUCUAAGUGGACUUUCAACUCGUGCGCUUGCAUCCUUCUAACUAAUUGGUAAGAAGGGUCCCACAUUUCCAAAAUUAUGAUUGAAUUUGUUUGUCCCCGUUUUUGAUAUAAUGUAUAUUAUUCACCUUUCCAUCUGCUUUUACGAACACUACCUCAGGGUCUGGGGGAAAAAAAAGGGGGGGAAGAAAGAGUAGACCCAGAAAAUACCUCGUGUCUUUUUUAUCUUUUUUUUUUCUUUCAAACAGCAUUAUUCGCUUCUUGGUAUAUUCCUUGCCCCAUCUCUAUAAACUUACCUAGGUCAACCCAAUCGUGUUGUUUCCUGUUCUAUUAAUUUUUUUUUUCCCAAAAAAAUUUCGACACCCGUUUCUUUUUUUCCAGUGUUAAGGGUAUAUUUUGGCAUGGAAAGGGGACUCUGUCAAUAAUUUUCCAUUUUUCUCUUUGUUUUCCUUUUGAAAAUUUUCGAUUUUAGAGACACCCAUUCUUCAAUGAAGUGCAAAAUUUCGCAAGCUG